AUGUCAGCCUCCCCCUCCAUAACCUCAAACACCACCAACGGGCAACAAGCCCCUCCCCCCCAAUCCCAAUCCCAAUCCCCCCCCACCACCAUCCCCAAAGGCAAAACCCCGCUCAAAAUUCUCAUGCUGCACGGGUACACCCAGUCCGGCGCCCUCUUCAGCAGCAAGACCAAAGCGCUCUCCAAGCUCCUGCUCAAAGGCCUCUCCCCUCCCCCCUACAACCGGCACCCCGUCCUCAUCUACCCCACCGCGCCGCUGCGUCUGCGGGCGUCGGACAUCCCGGGGUACGACGUGACGACAGCAGCAGCCGACGAGGAGGAGGCCGAAAGCGACAGCUGGGCGUGGUUCCGCAAGGACGAGGCGACGGGGACGUACUCUGGGUUCGAGGCGGGCAUGAGCGCGAUCGCGGCGGCGGUCGCGGACGCCGGCGGCGUCGACGGCGUGUGCGGGUUCAGCCAGGGCGGGGCAUCAGCAGCUCUUGUCGCCGCCGCGCUCGAGCACCCCUACCGCUCCCCCUCCCCGUCCUCGGAAGACCCCGCCUGGCUCACAGCCCUGCGCGCCGCAAACCACCACCGGCCCCUCUCCUUCUGCGUGGUCUACUCCGGCUUCUUCGCUCCCCCCGCCACCAACCUGUCGUGGCUGUACACCCCCCCUAUCUCGACGCCGACGCUGCAUUUCCUGGGGAGCCUGGACACGGUGGUGGAGGAGAGCCGGAGCACGGGGCUGGUGGAGCGGUGCGUGGAGCCAAGGGUGGUGGUGCAUCCCGGGGGCCACUACGUGCCGGUGGCGAAGGAGUGGGCGAUGGCGCUGGUGGGGUGGUUGAGGGAGCGGUGUCAGAAGGAGAAGGAGGAGGGGGGGGGUUAG